AUGGAGCCUUUAGCUGAAUUUGAUGGAUCUUCAGCAAAAGGAGUUAAAAAAAUUUCUGUCAAAACUGAUUUAAACAAAGCUAAAGAAAGUAUACAAGGACGUUUAACAGAAAUUUACUUUAAAGAAGCUUCAGCUUGGUCUCUUAUUACAGGCUAUAAAAAUGAUGAGUAUUUUCAAAAUACUAUCAAUGAAGUUUGCGAACGUGAAAAUAUAUUUAUUUUUAAAAAUACGAGGGGCUCUCCAAUAGAGACCCCCCUCUCUAAUAAUUAUCUAAGAGACACCCCUAUCCUCUGGAUGUCCUCACUAUUAGAAAGGAAUGGACUUAGGAAAAGUGCUUAAUAGGAAAGGGGCUGAGAGGUGGUCUUAAAUGUGUUUCUGUUCCACUCCAAUAACAUUUUCUAUUCACCCAUUAACACAAAAGUUCUUUAACUAUCCACGGGGGAUAAGUGAGAGAUUUUAUAGACAUUAAGAGAUAUAUAGGGAAGGAAGGAAAAUUCUCUUAAUCCAUAUAAUUGAAAUACAAAGCUCGGGGACUUAAAGUCCAUUUUCCCAAUAAAAUUUAAAUUUUUAAAGACUUUCUGGACACUCA